GACUUACCUGCUGGGCUUACUAUCCAAUUUUAUCUGUACAAUCUAUCCAAUUUUAUAGAUCCUCACCAUCAUGGAAUUUUCCUGAAAGUCGGAUGUGCAAUGAUCAUCAUCCUCUUUGUAACAGUAAUCGUGCUGAGUGUUUUGGUUACCCAGUUCAAAUCUGCAAGACUUAAUACAGUGGAAAAUGAAUCAAAAGAGAAAUUCUGUACUGGGAAAAAUAAAUCUGGAACAAUCACCUCAACAGUUUCUUUCAAUUUUUCCAGUGCUCAUAAAUCAUGCCCCUCUAAAGACUGGAAGCUACAUGGGGGAAAAUGUUACUGGAUUGCUGAAGAUAAGAAAUCGUGGGAUGAAAGCAAAAAUGACUGUGUCAUGAAAAAUUCACAUCUCAUGGUGAUUCAAGACAUCAUUGAUAUGAGUUUCCUGUGGAGAUACCUAAAUACUUCAGUGUUUUACUGGAUUGGCUUAAGUAUUCCACCUGGAAAGGAAUCAUGGACCUGGGUAGACAACAACCCUUUCGACACCCAUCUCAUUUUCUUUCUUUACAGGUUUUCAAUAGAAGAAAAACCGAUAACCCGGAGCAUGAAAUGUGCCCAGGUGUCUCCUAGUAAGGUCGUCAGAAAAAAGUGUGAGCAAAAUGAUCAGUGGAUUUGUCAACUGUAGUCCACACUGCUUCAGCAGUCUCCAUUUCUCUGACUGAAAGAUGCCACAUGAAGUUUGAUGUCACAUUGUAUCAAAGUCCAGAGGGCUGUGUGUGUGUGUGUGUGUGCGUGCGCGCACGUGUCUUCAUUCAUGUGGGUAUAGUAUUAUUUCUCACAGAUGUAGGAAGAAAAUAGAGAAAAUGAAAUGUCAUAGAAACUGAGUAGAUAGAAUAUUUUUUUCAUCUGAAUUAUCAAUUACCAAUGUCUCUCAUUUUGCCUGUAUUUUUGGAACUUCAGUCUUUAUCUUCUCUAUAUCUUGCCUCUACAAUAGCCUUACCUAAUCUCUUACCUUCUUACAGCUUCAAUGACCACAUACAAAGCAAUUCAUAUCAAAUUUAUAACUCUGGCCCAGACCUUCCCUGACCACCAGACCCACAUAUCCUAGUGCUUUUUUAACAUAUCAAAUCUAAAAUCUCAAAGGCAUUUCAAACUCAAUGUAUAAAAAUAAUUCAUUAACUUUCCUCACAAAAGGAACAACCUUCCAGAACUCGGCAUUUCAGUCAAUGGCACACCACACAAGAAAUUAUGCAACCUAUAAACCAGCUGUCUCAUCACCACCCUCUCUCUGGCCCACACUUCCGGGCUGUUCUUCACUCUGCCUCUCACAAAACCAAGUCUUGUCAUCUUUUUUACUAAAUAUCUCUCAAAUCUGACCUCUUCUCUUCAUCGCUUUCACAAUCUUAAAACAAAGAAUUAAAAUGUUAGAUAAGUGCCAUAAGAGGGUCUUCCUCUCUACUCCUAACCCAUUUCAAUUAUUCCCUGACAUGUAACCUAGGUGAUAUUUAAAAAUACAUAUACUGACAACACAACCUUUCUUUUGAAAACACUUCAACAUCUUUCUUAAAAUAACACGAAACUCCAUAACACAGAUUAGAAAUCCCUUGUCAAGUCUAAUUCUUGCUUACUUAGUCAGUGUCUGUCUACACAAAACUUAGCCAAACUCCCAGCACCACAACCACAUUAAAGUAACUUCAGGAACUCACAGAAUUUCACCACGCUGCAUUACAGACAUUUUUCCUGAACCUGGAAUUCUCUUUUCUCUCUUCUCCAUCAAGUGAACUCUAAACAUUAUAGAUAAGCUGAAUUUUUAAGGAUCCUUCCUUGAACUCCAUGACAAGUUCGAAUAUCCCAACUUUAUAGUCCCCUCCCCAGCACUUAUCACAUUUUUGGUCUUACAUAUAUCAAUCUUUGAGUGAAAAUUUGUAUAAUGCCUCCACCCUUGCCUGACUGUAAAUUACAUAAGGUUUCAAUAUCUGUUUUUGUAUUUCCAGUGCACAUAAUAAAUACUCAAAAGGUUGUUUACUA